AAUUCGGAACAUCUUUCGAGUGGCCGGUCAGGCAGCCAGCGGGAAAAAGGGAACGACGGCACAAAAACAGCUGGUCACCGACCGUCGGUGACUGCGCGAAAAGAAGAAUGUUGCGUGUCGUGAGCGCUGCGUUGCGAGAAAUUGCAACCAGAGCAGCAAGCACAAAUUUGGCAAGUUUUGAUUCUCUUGCUUCAAAAUGUAAUCCUGUUGUGAAUCUGACACAGUACAGAGGGUUUGGCGCAUUGUCCACUAUUGUUCAGAAAUGGGAUCCUGUUACAACAGUUCGACAUAAGACAUUGCUAAAUUACGCAGCAUCAAAAAGUCAACCUGCUCUAACCAUGCCGGUAGAACCUAUAGUUUUGCCUGUCAGAACAAAAACUAAAUUUACUAUGGCACGAGGAAAACCCGCAACAGUCAAAGCUGUUAUAAAACGCUUUUACAGAUUAGACUGGGGUAUAUGGAUUAGAACAAAGGCAGGACGAAAAAAACAUUUGUGGAGAAAAUCGUGCGCGAGAAAGAAGAGAUUGCGAGAGCAUGUGUUCUGCAACGCCCAGCAAAGUACGCUGCUAGAUAAAAUGGUGUCCAAAUGGUGGAAGAGACGACACUAUUAUGUCGACGAUCCGUAUAAUCCGUAUCACGAACGAGAAGAGUUUCUUAUAACUCGAAAAAAACCGCUGCCCUGAUCAUUUAUUAAGUAAAUAGAUAAACGAGUUUUUGUAAAGUUGAACAGAAGAGUAUUAAAAAUAAUGUUAUCUCUGUAAGUGCGGUGUAUCGUUUCUGUCCUCAAAUUUAUCUUUUUGCUACGCUUUGUUCAUAUCAUGUGCAAAAUAUCAUGUACUUUACUCAAUUAAUUAAAUAAAUUAUACACAUGUGACAUAUUUACUC